AGCAUGAUAAUUAUAUCCUAGAGCCUCUUAGAGCCUCAAGGACAGCAAAGCCUCGCCAUCUGUGUAAAUACGUACAUGUCCGCUUUACGAAGUUUAUAAACUUUGCUCUUUGCCGUUGCGCUCAGGCGCUUGGCAAUUCAUCAGCUUCGCUUCGUUGCCAACUACAUUCUAUAUUAAGCAGACACCAUUCCACUAGCGGACUGUCCCUCUCGAUUCUUCUUCUCAUUAUUCUAUGAAAAUGGCCCAAGUUGCCCCGGGUCUUGUGCCAGACCAUAACGAACGGCCCUGUUAUAAUUGUGGUAUACGGGGCCAUAUGUUCACUGCAUGUCCCGAGGAGCCUCGGAAAGUACCGGCUGGAUUAGAGGCCUCCUGGGCGCGACAACAGUCGAGCAAUAGUCCUCAUAAUGAUAGCUUCGUGCCCAACAAGCGAAGUAAAGGACCGGUAAUUACGCGAUAUCCCCCUCCACCUCCUCUCGCUUCUUCUCACCCUCCACCUCCAUUGCCCCGUUUCGAGAAUUCUCCGCCUCAACCCUAUCAUUCGGGUCCAAUCCCGGGCUAUCCUCCGCCACCAUCUUACGGUCCGGGGUUCGGAAGUCAUCCGCCGCCGAACCCACCCUAUGAUAGAUAUGGACCUCCGGGACCACCGCCACCUGGCCCUCAUCAGCCAUUAAACCCUCCGGCUUACCAAGGCGCAUACAAUGCCGCGUAUGGUCCACCGGGCCAUAUUCCCGGACCCUUUGAUCAUCAUCAUAUUCCCCCUCCUGGACGUCCUAAUCAGUAUUUCCCCAACGACUACCCCCCUGGUCCUCCUGGUCCUCCUGGCCGGCCUGACCAGUACCCGCCCAGUCAACACCCCGUGGGUCCGCCAGGUCCUCCGUACGGCGCGCACCAGCAAUAUCCACCUGGGCCUCCACCACCACCACCACCAUAUGCGGCGCCGCCUAGUUUCAUACCUCCGCCUACCCCAUAUGGGUUUCAGGGACCGCCUCCCGGGUAUCAUCAGAGUGAGUAUAGCCCACCUCAGCGCGAUCCUCCGGCCAUCUUUCAACCAUAUCCUUCGCCCGAUCCUUAUCCUCCGCAAUAUGGAGAUGAUAGAAAUCGCUAUGAGCGCGGUCGGGAUCACCAGCGCCGUUAUGAAGAUAGGCGUUCAAAUGAAGCUUGGCAUCCUCAAGACGCGUGGCACGGUUCACCGCCAUCAAAUGGCCAACCGUAUAGAGAUGAAUACCGUGAUGACUGGCAUGGCAAACCCUCAUACCGAGAUAAUCGACCUUCUCGUAGGCGGGGACAUAGUAAGUCUCAAGAUGAGCGGCGUCGAGAGCGGCAAGAUCGCCAAGACCGGUUUCAGCCUUAUAAGAAUUCAGACAAAUGGGACAGACAUCACCGACGAAAACACCAGCCAGCAACGACUCCGAGCGAACCAGCGCGCCGCGAUAGGAUCUCUUUGGAUAGAGAAACGCCAAUAACGGCCAAAACAGAUCAGGAACGUGAGCCUGGCGAGAUAGUAUCUGAACCAGCUUCCGCGUCCGACCAUGGUGACCCAGAGACAACCGUCGACACAACUAAAGAUGAGAGUAAUGAAGAUUUUAGUUGGGAUGAGCGGACCAUCUUUCUGGAGCUCCCGCUAAGUAGCAAGGUAGACCCGAUUGCAGCACCUUUGCCGACGCAAUACUUCGAGGAUAUAAUGAUACCUCCAGCAUUCGACGCUAAGUCUUUGAAGUCGCGGUACAUCACGCCGCGUAACGUUGAUGAUUUUGCACAAAGCAUCCGCGAAACUCGGGAUUGGCAGGUAAUGCAACAUCAUCCUAUAUUUUUAGACCCGACGGAAAUUCGUCUUGAGAAGUUGGAUGAUUACAAUAGAGCAAUCCAGAAAGACCUGAAUAUUAGGAGCAGUCGCCGAGAUCGCUCUGGUAACUCACACGACACUGGCAGACAUCGCUUCAACAAUCCAAAAGGAUCAGGCCGACACCAGGGAAAACAUCAAGAUUCACACUACAAAGCAGAUCAAAAGAAGAGGAGAUGGAACGAUUCCCAUGAUGAUGCCGAGGACUUCAAGUCAGAGAGGCGUCACCGUGAUUCUCCGUAUGAUGAUCCAUUCAACAAGAGGUUGAAACUUACAUCGCCACCCGAACCCGGAGAGUUAGUCGAGUCCGAUUCUCAGCAACCUUCUUACACGCCCUCAAAGGCGCCGGCUGUACCUAUGGAUGAUGCUAAAUGGACCCCGGGGGCAAGAGAAACACUGGAUAGUCAAUCGCGACCUGAAAGUCUUAAUAAUAAUAAGACCAAUGGAUCAAAUCAAGAAACUGUAGCCCAGCGUAUUAACCUAUCGCUACCAGAUAGUCAAGAUAAGGUUGAUGCGCAGCCGUCAACACCGUCAGGCCAGCCAAUAGACAUACCCCAGCCAUAUAGCCGGCCAUCUAGCAGACAGAGUUUUAGAAGCGUCAAAAGAAGCCGCCCGGCCAGUCGGCGCUCCUCAUUCGGAAGCGAUAUAUCUGAAUCCCAAGGAUCGCCACUUGAUCCUAUCGAACGCGAACUACUAGGGCUGGGGCGACCUUCAACUAGUGGUACUGAUAGUGGAGAGGAGUCAACAAAGAGGCAGUUGAGCGAUGCAACGCCCAAAUUCAAGCGUCGACAGCCUAUGCUUGAGGCGUACUCGCGUCGUUGGUAACGAUACAAGGCCGAAGAGUUUCACAAUGAUAAAGACGGUUGUUCUAUAUAAAACACAGAGCCGUACAAAAUUUCUAUUUAAGGACAAUGUGUUCUAAUGGGAGCUAUGAAGCUUCUUGGAGUCCUUCACUAGCACAUAAGGGUGUAU